AUGACAGCAUCGCGACCACCGCCGAUCCUUGUUCAAGAUAGUAAAUUCUCUCGGCCUCAAGGGGGAGUUGUUGAGACUGUAGACUCAGAUGGAGAGGUCGAACUUACAUACUCAGUUGUCAACCAACCGCGACACGGUACAUCACCGACAGCAUCACCGCCCGAAUCGCCUCCUAGCCAAACAACUAAUACCAUGAAUCCCACCACUCCACCAGCUAGUGUCAUCAGCUUUUCUGGCCAGUCUUACCCUUAUUACGCCGACUCUCGUCCAGGAACUCGCAGUGGUAUAACUUCCCUCACAGGAAGUAUCGCUGACUUGACCGGAAUGUCUUCUAUCUAUGGCAGUCGGCCAUCUACUGCUUCAACAAAACGAGAGGCAUUUGCUUCUCCUCCUUCAAGACCAUUGACGAUCUACAGCGCUCCUUCCGUAACAAAAAUCCGACGGGAACGACCAAAGUCCACUAUGCUGGGUAACAACUCAGCUCUUUCGAAGCCUUGGAUCGGAAAACGCGACCCGUACUCGCGAAUCGCAUAUACCAUCACUUACUCCGUUGCCUUCCUGGGUAUCGUGGUCAGCGCCAUCAAGUGUUACUUCGACUACCAGAGUCUCUCGUUCAUUACAGAGAAUCUUUGCCCCGUCCUAGACGAGAAUUUUGACAGUGCAGACGGUGUCUUUGGAGAUAACGGAAAGUUUUUUAGAGAGGUGGAUAUGAGUGGUUUCGGGAACGGAGAUUUUGCGAUGGCUACAGGAUCGGAGAACAAUUCUUUCGUUGCAAACGGGAACUUGUACAUCUUGCCUACGUUGACAUCUGAUAGUAUCCCUCUGGAUGCUAUCCUCGACGGGCAUGUUUACAAUAUCACCGACUGCACCUUCAAUAUCACUCGAGGCGCUACGUAUACUCAAUCAUCCGUCGACGCUCCUCAUUCCCUUGGCACUUCACCUAUCGGUCCCAACACAUUCGACGCUGACGGAUACUACAAGGCUUGUUCGGCCUACAGUAACGCGACAGCAGGAAGAAUCAUCAACCCCGUUCAGAGCGCCAGACUAAGCACACGUAAAAGCGCUAGUAUCAAAUUCGGAAAAGUGGAGGUUAGAGCAAAGAUUCCAACUGGUGACUGGAUGUGGCCUGCCAUUUGGAUGUUGCCUGUCGACAACGCCUACGGUGCGUGGCCUUUAAGUGGCGAAAUAGACCUCAUGGAGGCUCGAGGAAACGGUCCAAGCUAUCCUAACCAGGGAACUAAUUACGUUCGUGGCUCCCUGAAUUGGGGUCCAACAACAUGGUUGAACGCCGUCGCCAAAACCUACGGGUGGUGGAAAUUGAGACGAGGAUCCUAUGACACCGAUUUCCAUACAUACACGCUGGAGUGGACACCUAAAUUCAUCCGGAUCUAUGUUGACACCCGACUCCACUACUUAUUGGAGACAAAGUUAAAGGAAGAUUUCUGGGAACGGGGUGAAUUCCCUACUGUCAUCCAAAACGGAUCCGAAGUGAUCAACCUCCAAAAUCCUUGGAGCAACGGGACGAAAGCUGCACCUUUUGAUCAACGGUUCUACCUCAUCCUGAACGUCGCUGUCGGUGGUACUAAUGGAUGGUUCCCUGAUGGUGGUGAAAAGCCAUGGUUGAAUGGCGCUGCGACUAGUAAGCUUCCGAUUUCAUAUAUCGAUUGGGAGCGCGUUGAUUUGACAUUAACCCUAGCGGCGAUGAGAGACUUUCUUGUCGCAAAAGAUAAAUGGUACCCGUCGUGGCCAGAAAACCUUGAGAAGCGGGCGCUCGUGAUGUGA